AUGGUUUCAGAGAUCUUGCUGGUGGUACUGUUUACUUCCCAGUUAAGCACAGCUCACAUUGUGAAAUGCAGUGUCUAUAAUCCACACCAUCCACUGCACACCUAUCGUCAACUAGGAGACCUCAUCAUUGGCGGCAUUGUUUCUCAUGGUGGCUUCAUCUCCAGUCCAACCGACUUCACUGAAGACCCCCCUCCAGCCUUGCUAGAAGACUUUAUUGAUGUGUCUAAGCAUUACCAGCACAUCCUGGCCUUGGAAUUUGCAGUGAAGGAAAUCAAUGAAAACCCACAGAUCUUAUCCAAUCUCACCUUGGGCUUCCACAUCUAUGACAGCUAUGACACUGCAAGGAAGACCUAUCAUGCCACAAUGCUACUUAUAUCAGCACUAGAGAGAUUGAUCCCCAACUACAUAUGUAACAUCCAACAUAGCCUCAUAGCUGUGAUAGGGGGACUGGAUUCCCAAGUCUCCCUUCAUGUGGCAACUAUCUUGGAUAUCUAUAAGAUUCCACAGCUCAUAUAUGGCACCUCUCCAAUAAUGAACAAUAAAAUUCCAGGACUUCCAUUCUACCAAAUGGUCCCUCAGGAAGCCCUGCAAUACAAGGGGAUUCUCUCUUUACUUCUGCAUUUCAGGUGGAUUUGGAUUGGGGUGCUUAUUAUGAAUGAUGACAAUGGAGAAAGAUUUGUACAAAGUGUGUUUUCAGAGUUUUCCCAGAACGGUGUCUGUUUUGCCUUCAUAGAAAGAAUCCCCAAAUACAGUUUUGAUGAUAAAUUUCAGGAGAUGCUACAGCAGGGUAUAAAAAUAUAUGAUCAAGUCAUGGGUAGCAAUGCGAUUGCACUGGUAGUGUAUGGAGACUCUUAUUCCAUCGUGUUUCUGAGAUGGUUUCCAUAUCUAUCAGGACUAGAGGAAGUGGUAAAUAAACCAAAAGGCAAAGUGUUGAUAAUAACAGCCCAGAUGGAGCUUGUUUCAUUUUUGUAUCAAAGGGAUUGGGACACAGAACUAUUAAAUGGUGCUAUUGGUUUUACACUUCACUCCAAUGACCCACCAGGAUUCAGAACUUUUCUUGAGAACAGAAACCCUUUCAGCACAAAAGGAGAUGGUUUUAUCAAGGACUUCUGGAAACAGGCCUUUGGUUGUGUGUUCCCAAAUACAAUUCUGGGCAAUGUGGAGAACGGGGAUAUUUGCACUGGAGAGGAGAAGCUGGAAAAUCUCCCAGCACCAUUUUUUGAAAUGAGCAUGACGGGACACAGCUACAGCAUCUACAAUGCCGUCUAUGCCUUGGCCUAUGCUCUAAAUGCCUUAUUCUCAUAUAGAAUCAAAAACACAGCAAUGGCACAACCUUUUUCUGUAUGUAGUGAAAGUUGUCAUCCUGGUUUUAGCAAAAAAGUGAAAGAGGGAGAGCCAUUUUGCUGCUAUGAUUGCAUCCCAUGUCCAGAUGGGAAGUUUUCAGACCAAGAGGAUGUGGAUGAUUGCAAAAAAUGCUCAGAUGAAGACUAUCCAAGCAACACUCGGGAUUUCUGUAUCCCCAAGGACAUAAGCUUCUUGUCUUAUCAAGAACAUUUGGGGAUGGGUUUAGCCAGUGUCACUCUUUUCUUUUGUAUCACCACUUUAUUGGUGUUGGGAACAUUUAUGAAGCACCACAACACUCCCAUUGUUAAAGCCAACAACCGGGAUCUUACCUAUAUUCUCCUCAUCUCCCUCCUGCUCUGUUUCCUUUGCACGUUGCUGUUUAUUGGCCGUCCUCACAAAGUGACAUGUCUACUCCGACAGACUGCUUUUGGCAUAAUUUUCUCAGUGGCUGUUUCUUGUGUGCUGGCAAAAACCAUUACAGUGGUCCUGGCUUUCAUGGCCACCAAACCAGGAUCCAAGAUGAGGAAAUGGUUGGGGAAAACACUGGCCAAUUCCAUUGUUCUUUUCUGCUCCCUUCUCCAAGUAGGCAUUUGUAUUGUAUGGUUGUCAACAUCUCCCCCAUACCCAGAUGUCGACAUGCACUCAGUGACUGGAGAAAUUGUUUUGGAGUGUAAUGAAGGAUCUGUGACUAUGUUUUACUCUGCCCUGGGCUAUAUGGGCUUCCUUUCAAUUCUGUGUUUCAUAGUAGCUUUCCUUGCCAGGAAGCUGCCGGAUAGUUUCAAUGAAGCCAAAUUUAUCACAUUCAGCAUGGUUGUAUUUUGUGGUGUUUGGUUAUCCUUUGUUCCAGGUUAUCUGAGCUCCAAGGGAAAAUACAUAGUUGCUGUGGAGAUCUUCUCUAUCUUAGCCUCCAGCUCUGGACUCCUCGGUUGCAUCUUUUCUCCCAAAUGUUUCAUUCUUGUUUUGAGACCAAAGCUGAACAACAGGAACCAACUAAUAAGAAGAAUUUAA